AUGGCCGACACAUCACCCGCGCGGCCGUCAAGGCGCGCCGCUGCUCGACGGAAAACUGUAAUCGAGGAGGACUCAGGCUCAGACAUCGAGAACUCCACGGUCAGCCGGACGCGGAACAGCGACGAUGAGGAGGAAUUUACACCGGCGCCGAAGAGCACGAGAGGGUCGCCUCGCAGGAAGACAGUGGAUGCUGGAGAUAUCGCGCCAAAGAGGAGAACGGUGGCCUCACGACGACAGACCAGGAACGUUGAUACCAGCGAAAUGUCCAUUGAGCCGUCGCAAGUCUUCUCUCCACCAGAAAGCGUGGUCGAUGAGCCAAUGUCACCCUCGAAAAAGGCAGCGCCGAAGCGAAGAAGUGUCAAAGAUGCACGCGCGGCACGACAGAGUCGAGGCCAAACGCCGCGACAGCCUGCCCGAAACAGGACUCCAGACGAAGAGAUGCCAGAUGCGACCGAGAACAUGGCAACACCCAAGCUGGCGCACCGAGAAGUUGAGCCAAUGGAGGAUGUGAUGGAGACUACGGAAGUGCCUACUACGCCCAAAACUGAGUCCAGAGUGCAGGUGAAGAAGGUGGACGCGAACAUCACGAAGCUGGACAAACCAAUGGACAUUGUAGUCCGCAAAAGAGCAGUCGGUUUGACUCAAUCACACGAGCCUGCGGAACCAAAGGCACGUAUGACCAUCACAUACCUGAUCAUGACCAACUUCAAGUCCUACGCCGGGAGGCAACAAGUCGGACCAUUCCACGCCUCGUUCUCCUCUGUCGUUGGUCCCAAUGGAUCUGGUAAGAGCAAUGUCAUCGAUUCGCUGCUCUUCGUGUUUGGCUUCCGGGCAAGCAAGAUGCGACAGGGAAAGAUCUCAGCUUUGAUCCACAACAGCGCGCAGUAUCCGGAUCUGGACUUUUGUGAAGUGGAGGUCCACUUUCAGAUGGUCAUGGACCAGCCGGAGGGCGGAUCGACAGUCGUGCCAGACACACAGCUGGUCAUCUCACGGCGAGCUUUCAAGAACAACGGCAGCAAGUACUACAUCAACGGCAAGACCUCGGACUUCACCACUGUCACAACGCUGCUCAAGGACCGUGGCAUCGACCUGGACCACAAACGUUUCCUCAUUCUGCAGGGCGAGGUCGAGUCGAUCGCCGGCAUGAAGCCCAAAGCUGCCAACGAGCACGACGAUGGGCUACUGGAGUAUCUCGAAGACAUCAUUGGCACCUCAAAGUACAAGCAGCCGAUCGAAGAGCAAGCAGCGAAGACUGAGGAAUACAACGAGAUCUGCUUGGAGAAGAGUACGCGAGUGCAGCAUGUGGAGAAGGAGAAGAACAACUUGGAGGACAAAAAGGACAAGGCUCUUGCAUACAUCAAGGACGAAAACGAGCUUGCUUCCAAGCAGUCCGCUCUCUACCAGAUUUACGUCGCGGAAUGUGGCGACAACAUCCAGGUGUCCGAGGAAGCGAUCGGCCAGAUCCAGACUCAGCUCGGCGAUGAGCUGAAUCGCCAUCAAGGCGCCGAAGCGGAAAUCAAGACGCUGGAGAAGGAAUACAAGGGCGAGUCCAAGGUGUACGAGAAGAUGGAGAAGGAAGCUGCCGCCAUCAAGAAGGAAGCUGACGACCUGGACAAGGCCUCCGUCAAGGUCGAGGAGAAGAAGAAGCAUCUCAAGAACAAGGAGAAGAAGCUUGAGAAGACUCGUGAAACUUCCGCAUUUGAGGUCUCACAAUCUGUGUCGCUCGCAAAGAAAGCCGAAGACGACAUUGAACGGCUUGGGGGCGAGAUCGCCGAGCUGGAGGAGGAGAUGCAGGCAGAGGACAACGAGCUGGCCAAGAUUCGCGACGCCCUCAAGGGCAAGACUCAAGGCAUCAGCGAUGACAUUGCGGCGAAGCAAAAGCAGCUAGAGCCGUGGAGUGCAAAGAUUAACGAGAAGCAAUCCUCCAUUGCCGUAGCACAGAGUGAGCUUGACAUCUUGCGCGAGCGAGAGACCUCUGGAGCCACCGCCAUUGCGGAAGUCGAGGCGAAGAUAGCCAUCCUUCAAGAGCAGCGUGAAAGCAAAGCGGCCGAGCUUGAGAGCUGCAAGAAGCAACGCAAGGUCGCUGAGAAGGAGGCUCAGAGCGUGCAAAAGCAGCUCGACGAGGUCUCUGUCAGAGAACCUGUCUUCAAGUCGAAGCUGUCCAACGCACGUCAGAAGGCCGAUGAAGCACGAGCAAGCUUGUCCGCAACGCAAAGCCAAGGCAACGUGCUCGCUGGUCUCACUCGCCUCAAGGAGUCUGGACGUAUUGAAGGCUUCCACGGACGACUUGGAAACCUCGGUGCCAUCGACGCCAAGUACGACAUCGCCAUCUCCACCGCCUGUCCAUCGCUCGACAACAUGGUUGUGGACUCCGUCGAAGCCGCUCAGCAAUGCAUCGAAUAUCUUCGCAAGAACAACCUCGGACGAGCGAACUUCAUCUGCCUGGACCGUCUGCCCAACCGCGACAUGUCGCAGAUCCAAACACCCGAGAACUGCCCGCGCUUGUUCGACCUUGUAAAAAGCAAGCAUGAUCGAUUCCUGCCAGCUUUCUACAGUGUCCUGCAGAACACUCUUGUGGCCAACGAAUCUCAGCAAGCCGACCGAGUCGCAUACGGCGCCAAGCGAUGGCGAGUGGUGAGCUUGGAGGGCAAGCUCAUCGAUAAGUCUGGUACCAUGAGCGGUGGUGGUACACGUGUGGCCAAAGGCGCGAUGUCGUCGAAGGUUGCGGGCGACACCUCCAAAGAGCAGGUCUCUAAGUUGGAGGUCGACCGUGACGCUCUCGAGAAGGAGUAUUCGGCACUUCAGCAGGAGCAGCGUGAACUCGAUGGCCAACUCCGAGAACUUCAAGCUCAAAUUCCCAAGCUGGACACACAGGCUCAGAAGAUCGGACUUGAGCUGGGCAGCAUCGACCGCAACGUCGAAGAUGCGCAGAAACGUAUCGAGGAGCUGACUUCCGAGCUGAAGAGCUCAAAGUCAGACAAGGGCAAGCUCACCACUCUCGAGAAGAGUAUUGCGUCGAUGCAGAAAGAGGUUGAGAAGCUGCAAUCCGAGACUGAAGGCAUCGAGGGCGACAUUAAAGAGCUGCAGGACAAGAUCAUGGAGAUCGGCGGCGUCAAGCUCCGAGGCCAGAAGGCCAAGGUCGACGGUCUGAAGGAGCAGAUCGACUCUCUGACAGAGUCGCUAAAUGCUGCUGAGGUAUCCAAGAGCAAGGCCGACAAGCAACGCAUCAAGCAGGAGAAGGCCAACCAUGAUGCAGAAGUGGAGCUCGAGAAAAUCGCCAAGGAUAUCGAGAAGGUCGAGAACGACGUUUCCGCACAGAACUCUGACAACUCUGGCCUGCGAAGUCGAUACGAGGAAGCCAAGAUCUCGCUCGAAGAGAAGGCAGGAGAGCUGGAAGAGAUGAAGCGGUGUCUCGAAGAGCAACGAGAGGAACUCAACAAGACUCGCGGUGCAGAAGUCGACAUGCGGAAUAAGCUCGAGGAGAACAACAAGCAUCUUGCCGACAACCAAAAGCGCCUCCAACACUGGCAAGCCAAGCUUGAGAAGCUUACUCUUCAGAAUGUCAGCGAAGAUGGCGAAGAGAAAGAUCCCGAACCCGUGCCCGAACUGUCCCGCGAUGAGCUCGAAGACCUUGACAAGGACGAACUCAAAGCCGCCAUCGCCUCUCUCGAAGAGCGCACCUCUCACUCCGUCGAACUAUCCGUCCUGGCCGAAUACCGCCGCCGCGUCAACGAGCACACCACCCGUCUCGCUGACCUCAACGAAUCUCUCAAAGAACGUGACGAUGCCAAACGUCGCACCGACGACCUCCGCCGCAUGCGUCUCGAAGGCUUCAUGGAAGGCUUCAGCACCAUAUCCCUCCGCCUUAAAGAAAUGUACCAGAUGAUUACCAUGGGCGGCAAUGCCGAGCUGGAACUCGUCGAUUCCCUCGACCCCUUCUCAGAAGGCAUCCUCUUUUCCGUCAUGCCACCCAAAAAGAGCUGGAAGAACAUCGGCAACUUGUCCGGUGGUGAGAAGACACUCUCCUCACUGGCGUUGGUCUUCGCUCUGCAUCACUACAAGCCCACGCCUUUGUAUGUCAUGGACGAGAUUGAUGCGGCGUUGGAUUUCCGGAACGUCAGCAUUGUGGCGGCGUAUAUCAAGGAGAGGACGAAGAAUGCGCAGUUUAUUGUCAUUUCGUUGAGAAACAAUAUGUUUGAGUUGGCGAGCAGAUUGGUCGGUGUGUACAAAACGAAUAACCAGACUAAGAGUGUGACGGUGGAGAAUCAGAAUUACGUUGUGCCGCAGGUGCAGUGA